AUGUCCAAGGAACAGUUAGAGUCAGACGUUUUGGAUGGGAAAUUACCUGGGAGCUUUGAGUAUGAUUUAAAACAUAGAAACAGUAUUGUUCUUGUUCCUCAACCUUCAGAUGAUCCCAAUGAUCCGUUGAACUGGCCACAACAUAAAAAAUAUACUAUUCUCGCGAUUUUAUCUGUGACGGCAUUCUCAGGACUUGCUUCUUCGUUGGCAAAUCAAUUGGGUCUUGAAGCUCAAGCGGAGCUUUAUGGGAAAUCACUCACUGAACUCUCUUAUACGGUCGGUCUCUCCCCCUUGCUUGUCCCAGUGAUUCAAGUUGUAUCUGCGGCUGUCGCAGGCAUCGCUGCCGGGCCUCUCUUUAUUGUUCCUUUAGCGCAUGUAUUCGGCCGUGCCUCUGUCAUCUUUUGGACUUUGCUAGGAUGCAUCGCCUGCGGGAUCUGGUCUGCCGAAAUGACAGGCCCAGAUCAAUAUAUUGGAUUUGUGCUGUCGCGUCUUUUCGGUGGGAUUUUUGGAUCUGUGCCUUCCAUCCUGGGUGCACAAAUGCUCAUGGACCUUUUUUUCCUGCAUGAACGAGGUAGAGCUUUCACGACAUUCCACAUGUGUUUCCUCAUGGGUACUGUUGCUGGUCCAACUUUUGGUGGCUUUGUCGUUCAGCAUGUCGCGUGGCAAUUUGAAUUCUGGUGGACAGUUGCUUUACAGGGUGCUGUUGCUCUCAUGGUGCUAUUCUUCCUGCCUGAAACUGGCUACAAUCGAGAUGGAGGCAAGGUUUAUCCAAAACAGCCGGAGGAAUUUCUUGCAAAUCGAGUUGCUACGUUUCUUCCCGGUACCAAGGUCGCUCAUCGUGAUGGCCUUCGAGAAGCCCCUCGAUCGGCAGUCGCACAAUUUCUUAUUGGCUUUUCUCCCGUUGGUCUUCUAGUGGGGAUCUACGCCUUUGGAUUCUUCGGUUGGUUCGUCAGCGUCAACACGUUGCUUACCGUCUUCCUUCAAGAGCCAGAGAUAGCUGGCGGGUAUGGAUUUGAACCACAGCAAAAUGCUGCAUUCUCCUUCGCCCUUUGGAUUGGUGUGAUCUGUGCUCAGAUCUGGGGAUCCAUAUUCAACGAUCGCAUUCCCUUGAAGCUUGCCAAAAAGGCUGGUGGACUAUGGAAGCCCGAGUACCGUCUCCACUCCUUAUGGAUUCCUUCAAUAUUCUUCAUGCCUAUCGGUCUAGGCAUCUUCGGCGCUGCCCUCGAAUACCAUCUGCAUUAUAUGGUCCUCGCCUUGGGCAGCUUUCUCAUCACCUUUGCCGCAUUCUGCAGUAUCCCGGUCGGAAUCAACUAUUUGAUCGAGUGCUACAUCGAUCAUUCAACAGAGGUUGCAUGUAUUAUGGGUACAUAUCGACUCACCCUUGGACUUAUCGUGCCAUUCUUUAAAGAUCAGUGGAUCGAUAGCGUAGGGGUUGGGUGGGUAUUUGGGAUGAUGGCAUUUUUCUCUCUUUUUGCGUUUUCUUUGGUAGUCGUCUUGAUGUUCUACGGUCAUUCUCUUCGUCAGAUUCGCUUUGGGAUUUUGUCGAAAGAUGAAGAGGGGGUGAAGGUGACAGAUCAAGAUCAAGAAAGUUCAAGUUGA